GAGUCCCACACGCAGCAGAGCCCCGCGCAGGAAGACUUCCAGAAAACCAUCGCGGAAUUUGGGAGAGCUCUCAAAGACAGGAAGCUCCUCCACCAGAGGAUCAGCUCCAUGCCGCAGCGCCAGCUGGAAGCCAGCCCGGUGCUGAAGGACAUCUCCCAGCUCCAGGUGCGCAGGGACAGAGUGCGCCAGAGCCAGCCCGAGGAUGAGGAAGGUUUUGUCCCCAAGAAGCUGCAGAGGCUGGGCCAGCGGAGCCGCCUGCCUGCCGGCCACGACGCUGCCAGGAGAGAUCUCCUUGCCAAGAGCCCCUGCGGCGCUCCAGCAAUGCAGGAUCUCCUCUGCUUUUUCCCAAAGUUCCCCCAGCUGCCGCCGCCCCAGGCCAUGGAGAAGCCGCUGACCACGCCGGUGACGAAGAAGGAGGAGGCAAAGCUGCGCCCGGGCAAGCGUGGCCACCGCCGGCGGCUCUUCCUCUCGCCCUCGGUGCCCCGCAGUGUCGCCGGGCCCCUCCCGAAGCGGGGACUCCCCUGGGACAGGGACAGCCCUGCCAAUGCCCAGCGGCAGAGCAGGGCAGCCGGCAGCCCUGAGCAGGAGGCGUCGCUGGAGCCGGGAGCGUGGCUGGAGCCCUGCGGGUCUGCCCAGCUCCAGGAGAUCGAGAACCUGCUGUCCAGCGAUGACCAGGAGCUCAUUGGGGACUUCUCCAAGCCUCACCUCCUGCCCACGGUGGAGGGCAAGGACCCGGGCCUGAAGUACAUCUCCCCUGGCACGCUGGCGGCGGUGCUGUCGGGACGCUACAGCAGCUUCAUCGGGAGCAGCGUCGUCGUGGAUUGCCGGUACCCCUACGAGUACGAGGGCGGCCACGUCAAGGGUGCUGUCAACCUGCCGCUGCAGCGAGACGUGGAGGAAUUCCUGCUGGAGCGCCCCAUCGUGCCCCAGGACGCCAGCAAGAGGGUGAUCCUCAUCUUCCACUGCGAGUUCUCCGUUGAGCGGGGGCCCAAAAUGUGCAAAUUCCUGCGGGACAGGGAUCGCUCCUGCCACAAGUACCCGCGGCUGCACUACCCCGAGCUCUACGUCCUGAAGGGAGGGUACCGCGAGUUCUUCUGGCAGUUCCCGGGACACUGCGAGCCCCGGGACUAUCGGCCCAUGGAGCACCCGGCGUUCAGGGAGGAGCUGCGCAGGUUCCGCGGGCAGAGCCGGCGCGGGCGGCGGGCGCUCUCCAUCCUCUGAGCGCGCCGGGAGAGCGCCGGAGCCAGGACUGUGGGAUGGGGAUGCACCUCAGCUUGGGCUGGCUUAUGGCACGAGCUUGGGGUGGUAUUUAGUGUUAGGAUUGGGUUUGUGUUUGUUUGUUGCUAUAAAUAUUUUUUGUCUAUUGUUAUAAAUAUUUUUUGUGUUUGUUAUGAAUUUUUGGUUGUUGGUAUAAUUAUUUGUUUGUUUAUCGUUAUAAAUAUUUUUGUGUUGCUUGUUAUAAAUAGUUUUGUGUUUAUUAUGCUUUUUUUGGUUGUUGGUAUAAUAGUUUGUUUGUAGUUAUAAAUAUUUUGUGUUUGUUGUUAUGCUUUUUUUGU